AUAUUGCUUCUAGUCUUCUAAGUGGUCUUCCAUUAGAAUUUAACCAAGACUCUGGUUUAGGUGUCUAGAGUUCUCUAGGUAAAGAAGAAGACAAGAGAAGAGAAGCCAUGGAAAGCCAAGAGCAGCAAAACAAGUCCAGAGUUGUGAAGGUGGGUUCUGUGGAGUCUUGGGACUUCUAUGUAAACCAAGCUAAGAAUCAAGGCUUGCCUAUUGUUGCCCACUUUACGGCGUCAUGGUGUAUGCCAUCAGUGGCCAUGAAUCCAUAUUUCGAAGAAAUGGCCUCAGAGUUCCCGGAUGCUCUGUUUCUCACUGUUGAUGUUGAUGAUGUCAAGGAGGUAGCAUCUAAAAUGGAGGUGAAAGCCAUGCCUACGUUUGUGCUUAUGAAGGAUGGUUCUCAAGUUGACAAGAUUGUGGGUGCCAAUCCAGAAGAGAUAAGGAAAAGGAUUGAAGGUCUGGUCCAGUCCACUCGUGUAUAUGUGGCAUAGCAAGGAAGCAUGGGAUGAUCCCGUUGACUGUCCAAAAUAUGGUAAUAAUAUGUUUGAGGUGGUCUUGCUUUAAGAACAGAUGUUGACUUGGUUAUUGUGGCUUGUAAUUGUGUGAUUCGACUCCCAAAUAAUGUAAAUAAUUACUUUACCUUUGUGUGUACUGUAUACUCUGGCCAAGUUCAUCAAAUCUGAAAAUGUAUAAAUAUCUUCGUAGCUUGAA